GGCUGACAUUUUGUAUUAUUAAUUUCACCAAAAAUUCAGCAGUGAGAUAACGUUUGUGUUAAAACGAACGUUUUAACGUUCUUUUCCCUCCGUUUCUGAUGUGUAAAUAUUGCUAAGAAUCAUGUUUUCGUGGAGGAUAUUACUUCUGAUUGUGUACGCUUCAAGCAUUACAGAUGGUGCCUUGAGGAUAGUGCCAAUCUAUGCUACAUUCAACGUUGCUGAAGGGGCCAGUGCAUCUGUAACUUGUACCAACCUAAACUCCCAAACGGGUGAACAACCACAGUGGAUUAAUCCUUACAAUCAGCCCAUCGGAACAUACGGAGGAGGUGGCUCUCUGGACAUGUACGUAGUUCAUUCAACCGAUCCAGAGACAGCUCAGAAAGUCACUCGUCUUCAGAUUAACAACAUCAUAGAGAGCUGGGCGGGAGGGUAUGAUUGCCAGGCUAAUGGUGAUGCUGAGUCCAUCAACAUCAAUGUCUUCAAGCAAGUGUCGUUCCCCUUUGAGGCAGCUGAGAAGCAGCAAGUGUUGAUCUAUCAUGAAGCUGGUAACUUGGAUUGCACUAUGGAAGGAGAUCCGGACACCAUUGUAGACUGGUUGGGUCCCAACGGACCCAUUCUGAAUGGAGGGCGCUUUCUAAUCACUCCAAUGUAUGGCUUGACGAUCGAUAACGUCACUUUAGAUGACGAAGGGGAUUAUAUUUGCCAGGGGACUGUCCCAAAUGUUGGCGCCUCCGAGAACCUUCGGAUCUUUGCUGACGUUCAAGUCAAACCAAGGAUAAGCUACCCACCGAUCAACAAGAACGCCACCGAAGGAACCAGUGCGUUCUUCACCUGCGAGGCCAUCGGAGAGCCGCAGCCCGAAUACACAUGGUUCGACGGCACCGUCGAACUCAACGACGGAGUCAAAUACAUCGUCCAAGAAGAAGGGCGGCGAUUGAUGAUCACCGACCUCCAAGAAGAUGAUGAGAAACGAUACACGUGUCACGUCGAGAACGAAGCGGGGUUUGAUCGACGAGAUGGGGAGCUGACUGUUGAUAUCCCGCCGACGCCAACCAGGGCGGUGACGUUGGAGAGAGAGGAAGGACAGACGGUGAUGUUCUUCUGCGAUAUCCAACGAGGAGAUCAGGAGCAUCUUGUACUGCAGUGGAAGCGGUUUGAGAAGUGGCUGCCGAUGGGUGUACAGGUUGACUCCAGAAUCACCAUACAAGACGAGUCAGGAUCGGGGACUGGCAACCCAGGAAGUAUCUCACUCACUAUUGAUGGGAUUCACCGAGGGGACGAAGGACCCUACACUUGCUUUGCCAGAAACAACGGCGGGUACGCAGCAGUCGACAGCAUGCUGAAUGUCAGAUACGCACCCAUCAUCAACCUAGAUUAUACGCCCGGUAAAGUAUACUCAUGGGUUGGUCGCCAGAUCAACAUGACGUGUCACUGGUAUGGUUUUCCCAUACCCUCAGUCAGGUGGUACGUCAAUAGCCAACCGCUUUACGGCACGGUCGGUGACGUCGCUGGAAAUGCCACCAUCUACGACUUCAGAAACGGUUCAAGCACUCUCUAUGUUGAUACAGGAGUGAAUGACUUCUUGCCAUACCAAUGCCAGGGUAGAAACAAGUACGGCAAUGCUCUUCAUCGCAUACAGUUUGAACGAGCAUAUACAAUGAAGAAGCCCACGAAUAUUCAGGCGCUGGAGACGACCUCAACCACCAUAAAGGUCACCUUCGAUGACCCCGUCGAGGUCGGCGCAGAUUACCCAGAAUAUCUAAGGAUCUUGGGUUACGUUGUUGCGUACGGAGUUUUCGGUCAACCGAACCAGCAGUACCAAGAGUUUCAAGACCUUUGUCAGCCGACAGAGUUCCAGUGUGGUAGACUGUGCGUGGAGAAGGAGCGUAGAUGUGAUGGGCUGAUGGACUGCCUGGAUAACAGUGAUGAAAUUAACUGCAAUCCUGACGAUGAUUGCCCAGGAGGCUUUAAAUGUCCUGUGAGGGAUGGCGGAGUCAAUCCCUGUAUCCCUCUAGCCUAUGUCUGUGAUAAAUUCAGCGACUGCGUCGAUGGCGCUGACGAAUCGGAAGAGUCCUGCAACUCCUUCUAUAGACCUAUGAUUGCCGAUGUUAUAGUGACUGGGCUACGUCCAGAUCGUAUCUAUCAGUUCCGCGUCGCUGUCAUCAAUCAAGUCGGCUGGGGUGAAUGGUCAGUCAACCAAACGGAACGAACCCUCGGUUAUGGUCCACCGGGCGAAUCACAGAUAUUUGAGAGGGAGCCGGAUAGGGAUACGAUGUAUGAGAUAGUCUGGAUUGAGCCAUACGAUGACGGAGGCUCUCCUAUAAAUGCUUAUGAGAUCGUCUACUCACAGGUUUCGGGUCCGGAUGUGAAUGAAAUUGGUCUGGACCCAGUAAAGAUCCCGGCGGACAAAGACAGUGACACGGCGCCAAUCCAUCGUUACCUCCUCACUAACCUGAAACCAGGGACCUACUACUACCUGGAGUUAUAUGCUGAGAGCACCUGGGGGAAGAGUGCACCUACUACUCUUAGGUUCAGAAUGAAGGGUGGAGCUCCGAUUCAACCAGUAACGGACACGCCAAUAGGACCCGGUCUUCGUAUUGGAGAGCUACCCAUCUCGGCCUUCAUUGGAAUCUUAGUAGGAGGUUUCUUCAUCCUUCUACUCUUCAUCGAUUGCUUAUGCUACUGCACCAAUAGAUGCGGACUCACCAUGUGCAUCUGUGUGCACAUGUGCGGCAAAGAGUCCCCUGAGGAAGAAGAGAUGCAGCAGGCUGUGGAGUAUGGAAGGACAGCGUCGUCCAUCGGUGAGAGGAUGAAAAUGGAACGUCUUGCUGAGGUGGAGACUGAGAUCAAUUACCUGGAGUAUCCUCGUGAUGGAGCCAGCAGUCAGUACCAGAGUUUACCUGCUAGUCAGUUCGCUGAUGAUCGCUGGAAAAUGCCUACCCAUGCCACAUACGAAGCCGACAGAUUAAUGCAGGGUCAACUUCAGGAGUCCGACUCUAGGACACCCUCUGAGAUCCAUCUUCAAGAACUUCAGAUGCGUAAGUUGGGCCACUACGAUUACGAAGGUAGCCAUUACGGGGGUAGUCAUUACAGUGGUAGCCAAUACGACGGGAGUCGUUGCUGAAACCCCGGUUCUCCGUUCUUGCUGUGUGAAACUCACAUGUACCAAAGUUAGUUUUUUAAGAAAGUGACUCUAGUUUUUACAAAUUUUUUGUAACGGGUGUUCUGAAAGUAACACUGCACUGCUAAAAAUGGUAUUCUUGAAAUAAGAAAAACAUCUUAUUUUGAGAAAAUUUGUCUUGUGUCACUCCCAACAAAAAGUUUCUAGGGAGUGACACAAGAAAUAUGUUCUCAAAAUAAGAUGUUUUUCUUGUUUCAAGAAUACCAUUUUUAGCAGUGUGGU